AUGGCCGCCAUCGCACCCGCACGACUCGCCGCGCUGACGCGCAUGCGGUGCGAAAUCUUCCAAACAGCCUAUAACCCCACCUCCGUCCGCACUGGCGCCAAAUACCUCCGUGCACGCCUGCGUGGCCCGUCCAUGAUCCAGUACUACCCCGACGAGCUCUCCGUCGCCCGGUUCAACCGCAUGGGCGGGGACUUCAAGAUUCAGGACUGGGACGAGUAUCAGCGCCUGUCGGACGUGGAGGAGAAGAAGAGGAGAGGAAAGGGCGCACCGAAGAAGGCCAAGUCACCAGCGGAGAGUCGGAGACAGUCCCGCAAGCGGUGA